GGUCGCGCGGCAACGGGCCGCGUCCCGGUCUGCGGCCAUGGAGGAGGAGGAGGAGGAGGAGGCGCCGCGGGGCCGCCGCAUCUUCCUCAACCACCUCGACUCCUACUGCGGCCGCAGCAUCGGCAAGUAUUUAUCCACCUGCGUUGUUGGGGCUACGCUUGAAAGCCCAGAAGAAGAAGAGGAGGGAGAAGAAAAUGAUUCAGCUGACCCCUCGAGCACAGGGGAAACCUACGAAAUAGUGGGUACUCUUUCUAAACCAGAGAGUGCUGAUCUACGUUUUGCAAAGGAAACAUAUGUAGUCUCUUCUCAAGAAGCACUCUUAACCCACUUGCUUGAGUGUGAUAUUGUUUUAUAUAAUAUCACAGAGGAUGCAAAGCAAAUUGAGGAAGCAACAUGGGCUGCUUCUGCCCUACAUAAGGAAAUAGAGACUUUUGCAAAACAGAAGUUAUUCAUCCUCAUUUCAACAAUAAUGACCUGGGCAAAUUCCAAACCCUUUGACCCUGAAAAUCCUGAUGCUCCUUUUAAUGAAGAAGAUUUUCGCAGAAGAAGGUCUCAUCCUGGCUUUGUGGAUCACAUAAAUGCCGAAAAACACAUUGCAAAACUCGGGAAAACUAACAAAAAAAAGUUUUCAACUUACGUUGUUGCCUCAGGACAUCAAUAUGGAGCUGAGGAAGGACUCUUUCACUACUUUUUUAAGAUGUGUUGGCUUGGUGAGACUCCUGCAAUACCUGUUUUUGGAGAUGGCAAGAAUAUUAUUCCAACCAUUCAUAUUCGUGAUUUAGCAAUAGUGUUGCAAAAUGUAGCAGAACACAGGCCAGACUUUCAGUAUAUACUUGCAGUAGAUGCAUCGAUGCACACGCUUCGACAAUUAGUAAAGUGUAUCAGUAAAAAUCUUGGACCAGGAAAAACUGAGAAGGUUCCUAAAGAAAAUGCAUUCCUGAGCAAAGAGCUAACACAAAUGCAAUUGGAUAUGUUGUUUGUGAACCUGCGAAUGGAAUCUAUUUAUCUGAAAGAGAAUUUCAACAUUAACUGGUUUGCUGAGACAGGACUGAUAGAGAACAUUGCUCAAGUCAUCAUGGAAUACAAGCAAGCUCGAGGAUUACUGCCUCUCAAAGUUUGCAUUCAUGGUCCUCCCGCGUCUGGCAAAUCUACCAUUGCUAAGGAGCUCUGCAAACACUACAAGCUACAUUAUGUUAGGACAAAUGAUGUGAUUUCUGAAAAAAUUGCAGAGCUGGAGCAAAUUGUGGCUAAAGAACCUGUCAGGGUGGAAAGAGAAAUAGAAGGAGAAGGAGAAGAUCGUGGAGAAGGAGAAGAUCUUGUAGAGGAGGAGGAGGAGGAGGAGGGUGAAAAUGUAGAAGCAGCAAAGGAAUUAUUAGAUGCAAUAAAAGAAAACAUGCGGCACAAUAAAGGCAGUCUAGGUGGGGAGUAUCUCAUUAAAAUUAUGAAGGACAAGCUCAUGUCCAUGCCUUGUAGGAAUCAGGGAUAUGUUUUAGAUGGGUUCCCAGAGACCUAUGAAGAGGCAAUGGAUCUUUUUAAAGAAGAUGAUGAAGCUGAAGAAGAGGAGGAACGAGCAGUAGGCAAAAUGCCUAAAUUUAAUCAAAUAAUCAUACCUGAAUUUAUUUUUUCUUUGAUUGCACCUGAUGAAUUCCUUAUAAACAGAAUAAUACAACUGCCAGAAACUGAAGUUGCUGGAACUCAUUAUACUGAGGAACAGUUCCUGGAAAUUCUGAAACGCUUCCGCAAGAUAAAUACUGAUGAUGUGACAGUUCUCAACUAUUUUGAUGAACUUGAAAUACAUCCUCAUUUUAUUGAUGUAGCUGUAUAUGAAGAUUUUGAAAACAGACUUACUGUAUCAAAGAUCAUCAAGGAAGUUGGAGAACCUCGUAAUUAUGGUUUGUCAGAUGAAGAAAAGGAGGCUUUGGAACGCCAGGCAGCUGAGGAACGCCUUGUCAAAGAAACUAAAGAAAAAGAAGAACAAGAGCGUAAAGAAGAUAAGGAAAGGAAAGAAAGAAUGGAGAGAUGGGAAGAGUGGAAUAAACAGCAGGAGGAAGUGAAAAAACAGGAACAAGAGUUAUUGGAGGCCCAGUCUAUUCCACUACGAAACUAUUUAAUGAAGAAUGUCAUGCCAACACUUAUGCAAGGGAUAAAUGAAUGUUGUAGGAUCAGGCCAGAUGAUCCAGUCAAUUUUCUGGUAAGGCAGAAUAUCUCUUCAAGAACAGUCCUGAUAUCGACUGGAAUAAACGUUAAAUCCUAGCAGCAGCAGGAAUUGUGAAACAAAAAGGGAGAAAAUCCCUAAUACAUUUGAGAUAAAAAUUACUUAGUUUCUGAUGUUAUUUGUUUUUAGGCUUACUAUGCAAUCUUCAUUUUUAUUUAUCAUACUUUUUAUUACUAUUUUGUACUGGAUUUUUAAUCCUCUUCUACAACAUUUCUAUUUCCUGCACAUAUUGAUUGAUACAUUUACACAUCUGUAUAUUAUUUUCCUAAUACUUAGUGAAUGUAGGCAGCUAGCCUGAGAAGAACUUUUAAUAAAGAAAGAAAAUUAUUUCUACUGAAAAAGGAAAUGUAUAAAAGCAGCAAACUCUCUUAUUUCCUCUCCCAGUUACCAAGAGGCAAAAAGUCACACAAUACAGUCUUCUUCUGCUGCUCUGAAAACUUACUGGUAAACAUGUUCCCAGGUAUGUCAUAAAACCUGUGUUUUACUCUGGUAUCAAACACAUGGCUGUAGAACUCAUUUAAUAAUCUUCAGCAUUCAACACUAGAUAGAUAUUUUUAGAUUUUUGAAGAACCUAGAGUUUCCAGCAUAUGGCUGUCCUCAAUUUUGCUGCCUUCAUCUAGCUGUCACAGGAACCGUGUCUGUGCUACUGAGCUGGAAGUGAUUGCAUAUUUGAUGUAAAACAAAUACAGGAUUUUGUCAAAACAGAAAGCAAGGACCCUUUGUGCAAAAGGAGGGGGGAAAAGUGGAAGAGCUGAAAGAAUAGUGAUAUAGAAACAUUUGACAGCUAUAUUGUCUGUAACUUCGAGUAUCAGAAUUUUAGACACGUUAAUGCCCAAUGUUUUUAUUCAGAUAUAUUAGUGUUUUUGUAUCUUAUUAUAUCUGUUUUCAUAGUUACACAGACAAGUUGAGAAUAGAGUUCAGAACCAUCAUCUUUUACUCUAAAGAAACACAUAUUUUUGUGAUCUAUACAUCCUAUAUUGCUGUCAGCCAAAGUCAGCAGGACAAAUCCUGUGAGGCAAUUGAAGAUGAAAUAAUCGGUAGCUUUUGACACUUUUUUAGUUUGAAUGUGCUAUUCUUCAGAAUAAAGAUGAAACCUGGACAAUUAAAAAGGAGGUUAAACAAGGUUUUCUAUAGAGUUACUGUAAUGCAUUGACUUUUCUAAGAAUAAAGCUUUGAGCUAAUCUAUAAAGAGUAUGACUUUUUUUUGUUUUAAUAUUCUGAAAGUUUACGCAGGUUACUCCAGGCAGAUGUUUCAAGAACACCUCUUAGAAAAGGAUCCGUUUGCUCUGCGCAGGGCACGAGUGCUCAGUGAGCCCGACGCGGGUAGCCAAAGCCAGGCACUGGGCCGCCUUUGAAAGAGCCCCGUCCGCGCC